AUGACGACCUUUGUUCCCAGCUUAACGCUGCCCGCAGCCAUAUUUGCCAAUCCAACGGCUUCGGUUCUCUUGCCAAUUACCCUUGGAUCUGCUAUCGGUUUCGCAGUUAGACCAAAAGAAACUCAAAAGACCUACAUGGCACUUAAACAACCCCCUUACCGUCCACCUCCAUAUGUCUUCGGUCCAGCCUGGACUCUCCUCUACGGUCUGAUGGGAUACUCUGCCUACCGCGCAUACUCUACCGGAUUAUCUCCUCUCGCUUCUACCGAAAAACAUCUCCUUUUCAAACAAGGUGCUACACUCUAUACCAUUCAACUCGGCCUCAACCUAAUCUGGAUGCCCCUCUUCUUCUCUCUCAAACGCCCCAUCCUCGCUACCAUCGACAUCGUCGCCCUCACCGGAACCGUCUCCUACCUGACCUACAUCUGGGGACAAGUCGACUCCGUCGCCGCCUGGGCCCUCGCUCCCUACGUCGGCUGGCUCGGCUUCGCCACCUAUCUCAGCGCCGGCGUGGGCUAUCUCAACGACUGGAACAUCAGCGACAAGGAAGUCGAGAAGAGUCCCAAGGGCAAGGGGACAAAGUAUGUUGACGAGAAGGAAGAAUAG